AUGCAUUUAAUUCGAUACCACCUUCAAGGCGAAAUUGUGAAAGCGCUGAAGUCACAAAUAGCCCGCGGUCAAGCAGCAGCAGUUGGAGAAGCAUCUCUGCUUCGCAUCAGUAUUCGGAUAUUCGCCAAGCCAUCAAACCAAAUCGCCAUGGCCUUCCAGUUCCUCGCCAUUCUUGCUCUCAUUGCCGCCGUCAGCGCUGGUGUUGUGCCCGUCCAACAGGUGUACCAUGCUGCCGCUCCAGCUGUCGCUUAUGCCCAUGCCCCAGUGGCUGUAGCUCAUGGUCCAGUUGCCGUGGCUCAUGGCCAUCAAGUGCUGGCCAAGCACGACGAUGAAUACGAUCCUCAUCCCCAGUACAAGUUCGGCUAUGAUGUCCAGGAUGCUCUCUCCGGUGACUCCAAGAGCCAGGUCGAGGAACGUGAUGGUGAUGUGGUCCGUGGAGAGUACUCCCUGAUCGAUGCUGAUGGUUACAAGCGCACUGUCCAGUACACUUCUGAUCCCGAGAAUGGCUUUAAUGCCGUCGUCAACCGUGUGCCCGUCGAUCAUGUGGUCAAGACUGUGGCUGCUCCGGUUGCCUACCACCACUAAGUGAGAGAAUUACCUCAGCCAUUCAACAUUGUUUAAAGCCAUCUGCAUGUCCUUAAAUUGAAUAAAUUGUUGCAUAUUUCUAAGCUAA